GCCACCUGUUUCGAGUUUAGAUCAGUCGUUUGCCGGGGAGAACAUCGCUACCCGAUCUGUUCUUUAUUAAGAUCAGGAGUCUGGUUGGACUGUUUUAUUAGUAAGGACAGCUCAGAGUUUUGUGAUUACAUACAAGUUGAACACGCAACUACACGUCAACUUUUCUUACUUACGGAGUAUUUCCUAACUGACCUCAGUCUCUUGUUUUCCAGUUCUCACCCACAAUGAAGGUUUUACUUGCCUUGUUUUUUGUGGUGUUUGUGGAUGUGGUCACCUCACAAUGUGAGUGCCCCAGCAUGAAAUGGGCAAAAUGUGAUGGAACCUCAUGCAAUUGUACACUUGCGCUGGAUGACACUAUUAGGCAGGAGCUUGAUUGUUCAAAGUUAAUUCCCAAGUGCUACCUCAUGAAAGCGGAGAUGUAUCGAGCUAAGAAGGGUCAGAACACUCGUUUAAUUGGAGGGAAGCCAGAAGAGACUGCCAUUGUGGACAAUGAUGGCAUCUAUGACCCAGUGUGUGAGAGUAAUGGCAAUUUCAAAGCGGUCCAGUGUAACGGCACUGAUGUGUGCUGGUGCGUCAACUCGGCAGGUGUGCGCAGAAGUGACAAGGGAGACAAAAACAUCAAGUGUGAGCCUGUGGAUACCUAUUGGGUUCGACUUGAAAUGAUUCAUAAAGGAGGAGUUGGAGCUUUGGAUGUGGUCAAGUUGAAGACUGGGAUUCAGAACGCUUUGCUGGAGCGUUACAAGAUAAGUAAGGACCUUGUGAAAGAUGUUAAGUAUGAUGACAAAGGCCGUAUGAUUGUCGUGGAUGUCCAGAAGCUUAAAGGAGACCGUACUGUAGACCUGUCCCUCAUGACCUAUUACAUGGAGAAGGAUAUUAAGGCUCUGCCCCUGUAUACUAACUCUGCACCAUUUGAGGUCAGUGUUGAGGGAACCAAAGUGUCCAUGGAGAACAUCCUAGUGUACUAUGUAGAUGAAGUGCCGCCCACCAUCACCAUGCGGAAUCUGACUGGUGGUAUAAUUGCUGUUAUUGUGGUGGUCAGCUUGGUUGUGGUUGCAGGACUUCUUGCUCUGUUCUUCUUGGGGCGACAAGGGAAGGCCCGGUACAGCAAAGCACAGGCAAGAGAGCUGGAGACCAUGUCUUAAGUCAUGAAUUGUGUGUACUUGAGUCCAACAUCAGGAAGUACCCCAUGCUGAAGUGUAGACCUGCUGUCAUUUGCUUGUGACAUUUUUCAUAUUGAGGGGAAAUUGAGUCUGUUACAUGCGGGUACAAUUCUAAACCUUGUUUUAACUUUUUUGCUAUUUAAUGUAGGCUCAUUUUUCAAUUAGAUCAAUGUUUUAACAUUGUACAGUUUGUGACUUGUUUUUAAUAAAAUCUGUUAGACUUGUGCUAUGACUUAAUUGACACCUGUGCCAUGUACAUAUGUUUUGCUUUUAUGCAUAUGGGUCAGUGUUUACAGUACAUGAUAUGGUGCUUGAUGAUAUUGAAUAGCCCUUUACUUUGUCAACUGAAAGUUUGUUACAAAUAAACUGA